GGCCCAAAGGCGCAGAUCAUCCAGUCCCCCGGUCCAUCCAAUCCAGCACAAAACCAAGAUGAGGUUCGUUGCCGCGUACCUGCUGGCCACCCUCGGCGGGAACCAGAGCCCGACCAAGGACGACGUCCGCGCCAUUCUCGGCUCGGUGGGCGCCGAGGUGGAGGAGUACAAGCUCGACAUCCUCUUCAAGGAAGUCGAGGGCAAGGAUAUCUCUGAGCUCCUCGCCGCCGGCAGGGAGAAGUUCGCCUUUGCGCCACGCGGUGGUGCCGCCAUGGACGCGGUCCCUGCCGCCGCCGCUGCUGCUGAGGAGAAGAAGGACGGCAAGGUUGAAGCGAAGGUGGAGGAGGACGAGGAAGAGGAGGACCUCGACAUGUUCAGCCUCUUCGACUGAGAGAUCGACCGAUCAUCGUGAUGGUUAUCAUAGUUAUAUCCAUGUACCUAUGAUCUGCGUAACGUUUUUAGUUCUAGAUGUUGGGGGGUUCUAGAUGUUGUUGGCACUUGAGAGAGAUCUCCACUUGAGAUUGGAAAUAUGACUGUCUUCUGAUGGAGUUUUGAGAGUGAUUGACGAACUCUUUGUUGCUGCAUUACAGAUCUGUGAAGAAACUUAAUUUCUCAUUUAAUUUGGCAUGGUUCCUGAUUAGAGUUUCAGUUCCAUGAAUUAGAGUAGUCUAUGAUAUACAUGCGUGGCAAUUAUUCCAAUGCAGUUGCUUUGUGCAGAGUCUAGCUAGUCUCCACUUAUUGCUUUUCUUCUUUA